CUCGUUUCGGACAUUCAAUCCUCUCCACAGCACCACAGCCUUUGUCCAGUCAAGCCCGAAUCAGUGUCGUCCCAUUCAAUAUGACACAGGGGUAUUCGGACAUGCGCCGGACGAUCACUGCUCCAACUCUGCAGAUGGCCUCCCCAUCGUGAUCGUGAUCCCGCCUCUAUGAAGAUCGCCAGGCAAGGCUGUCGUGACGUCGAAGUCACAAAGUGUAACUGGCAAUGGAAUGCUGCCUAUGGCAUCAUUGUGCACGCGCACACGGGAACAACGCAUUAUGCCACUGUCGAUCAAUUCGACAGCAUACUUGGUGUUCAUAUACCAUUGUAUCUCACCUCGCCCCUCGUGAACCCUCGAAUACUCUUGUGUAAAGUGGAUCUGGAUUGCUUUACUCAACCGUGACAGACAGGAUGGCUUCUCGAUCACCGACGCUUCGUGCCUCAUCCGACCCUUUCGGUCCAGACCAAGAAAAGGACCUUCGCAGUCUCGAUAAUCCACCGCCUCGAGGUGAUGGACACCCUGAUAUUGACCCUUCGGCGGAGAAGCGACGUUCUUCACUGGGAUCCGCGUGGCGGCGUCAAAGCGAGUAUCAAGAGACAGAUCCUUUUGGUGAUGACGACGAAGAAGGGGGAGUCAAGUAUCGGACUUUGGAGUGGUGGCAAUGUAGCAUGAUUAUGAUUGCCGAAACGAUCUCUUUGGGGAUUCUGUCUUUGCCGUCAGUCCUGGCGACAAUUGGUAUGGUACCAGGCGCCGUUCUCAUCGUCGGGCUUGGUGUUGUGGCAACGUACUCGGGAUAUGUCAUUGGACAAUUCAAGGCGGCACAUCCUUGGGUCCACAAUAUGGCUGACGCUGGCUAUGUUCUCUUCAAGCCAAUGGGACCACGCGCAGCUGCCAUCGGUCGCGAAUUCUUGGGUGCUGCACAAACCAUCUUCCUUAUUUUUAGCAUGGCGAGUCACAUCCUGACUUGGACCAUCUGCUUGAACACACUGACUGACGGGGCCGCCUGCACGAUUGUAUGGGGCAUCGUCGGGUUGAUUCUCUUCUGGGUCUUCGACAUCCCUCGAACUCUGCUGAAAGUGUCAUGGCUUUCCUGUGUGAGCUUUUUUAGCAUUACGACCGCGGUGAUCGUCACCAUGGCAGGUACAGGAGCCAGGGAUCCUUCGCAUGGCCAUUUCCACGCCACCCAGACUGCAACCUUUGCCACGGCGUUUCUCAGCGUCACCAACAUUGUGUUUGCAUACGCGGGUCAUGUAGCUUUCUUCAGUUUCAUCUCAGAGAUGAAGAAUCCGCACGACUUCCCCAAGGCCUUGGUCUUGCUGCAGGUCACCGAUACCAGCAUGUAUUUUCUGGUCGCGAUGGUGGUUUAUGCCUAUGGUGGAGAUCAGGUUGAUUCACCGGCCUUGGGAUCCGCUGGGACACUGGUUGGAAAAGUCGCUUGGGGCCUGGCGAUUCCGACAAUUAUCAUUGCCGGCGUCAUUUAUGGCCACGUCGCCUCCAAGUAUGUCUAUGUGCGUCUCUUCCGAGGAACGAAGCACAUGUCCAAGAGGACCAUGCUUGCCGUGGGUAGCUGGCUCGGCAUCACAUUGACCGCGUGGGUGAUCGCGUGGAUCAUUGCCGAAUCAAUCCCCAACUUCAACGAUCUGCUGGCUCUGAUUUCGAGUCUAUUCGCCGCCUGGUUCACCUAUGGCAUUUCCGGCAUCUUCUGGCUGUUCCUCAACUAUGGCCAAUAUACCAGAAAUUGGAGGAAGAUGACCUUGGCCGUGGUCAACAUCUUGUUGUUCUCUCUGGGAGCCGGCAUCUGCGGCAUGGGGCUGUACGCCAGCGGCUAUGCCAUCAGUAACGAGCCAGGUGGGAGCAGCUGGACAUGCAAGAGCAAUGCACAAUGA